CCAUCUGAACAGCUCUGUUAAGGCUUGUGUUAAGUUGGGAUUUCUCUCUCAAUAUUAGAGUUCAGGAAGUUAUCUGAAGCCAAUCUGCUCUUUUAUGCCAAUUUGACAUCUCUCUGCACCAUCUGUCAUGCAUUUGCAAUCUAUUGUCAGAAUGGAAUACAUCUGGUACUGGUUGGAUGGAUCUGGGCAGUGGAUUGAAUAUGGGAAACAGUAUGCAAAUUAUUGUGCUGCCACGGUAACUUCUGCGGAUCUGGAGGCGGCAUUUCUAGCGGACCGAAAAGGCACUGUAUUGUUUCAAGCUGGUUCUCAGCAGUAUGAGAUAAACUUUCAAGAUAUGGUCCAGAUAAACUUGCACUAUCAAACUCGGAGAAAAGUCUGUAGGUGGCCAAAGUUUGUGUUCUUCGGCGGUGGAGACAAGAGUGAGAGAAGCCAAUUGGAAACUACUUAUCCACUUCAUCUCUUUCCUCCAAACUGGGACCAAUCGGCAUUGCCUGACCUAGGGUACAAGUUGGUGGAGCUGAGUGACACUACCAGUGAAUACAAGGAAGUCAAGGACCUAUUUGAGAAGACAAUGAAAAAUUGUAGAAUCUGCAGAUUGCAGAGGAUUCAGAACCCAUCACUUUGGCAAGUUUUCCAGUGGCAAAAGGAGCAGAUGAGGAAGACAAACAGAGGAAGAGAUGUGGAUGAGAGGCUCUUAUUCCAUGGAACAAGUACAUCCCAUCUGCAUGCCAUCUGUGGACAAAACUUUGACUGGAGAAUCUGUGGGACCCAUGGAACAUUAUAUGGAAAAGGAAGCUACUUUGCCAGAGACGCUCAUUAUUCCCAUCAAUAUUGUCAGACUGGCUCCAGUUCCAAGACCAUGAUCGUAGCUCGAGUGCUAGUUGGAGACUUUGUUCAAGGAAGCAACAACUACCUUCGCCCUCCACCCAGACCAAACAAUCCGAACAGCUUUUACGACAGCUGUGUGGACAGCCCAGUGAAUCCAUCCAUUUUUGUCAUCUUUGAGAAGCACCAGAUUUACCCAGCAUAUAUAAUAGAAUAUGCAGAAGGGUACAGCUGUGUGAUCUUGUAAUGGACAGCAAUAUCACUUUCCUACCC